AUGCCCCCCAAAGGAAAAGGUCGAAAGGCGGCAGCCCCAAAGAACCCCCCGGUACGACGCUCAGAGAGAACAAACAAAAAAGCAGCAACACCCGUCGAAGAAGAGAUCCCAGGCGGACCAGAAAGAUUUGCCCCGUGGUUCCCCCUCCUGCAAAAGAUUCGAAAAGACAAUUGGAACCGACAGAACAACAUCCCGGUCGAAGGCGCCAACUUACACCAGGCUCAGAACCAAGCAAAGAACGAGUUCCCCGAUAUUCUCGAGAACAUAGAACGCUCUCUGAGUGCUGCCCCAAAGGUCUUCGACAACAAACUGGUUCCGCCCAGCGAGUAUCCCGCCGUACAGCUGCAGAAUGGCGUCCUGACCCCCGAACUGUCCAGACGACCAAAAAACCUGGAAUGGCUCCGGGCACGACUCCGAACAGCACGCCACAUCACGGACUGGCCUGCCUCCAAAUGGCAGUCUUACACCAUGCAUUCGUACUUGAGCACCACCAGAGAAGCCGUCAUGUGCGGCACCAUGUCGCUGUUCCAGGAAUACCCCCAGCAGCCCGACUACAUCAGGACGUUUUGCCAAUCCUUCAACGACUUCCCCGAAUACGCCCCCUUUUCGCGCGGCAUCGAAAAGCCGUGUCCCGGAUUCGCCCAGGGCUUCAGGCUCGAUGCGUAUCCAUGCGUCGACGUCGAGUACCUCCACGCCUCGGUCUGCUUCACCCACGGACAAAUCUCCCUCGUGCACCCGCACCUCGUCGGCGACUUCGCCUACGGCGACCUCAAGGCCAUGGAGGCAACAAGCGCGCGCCACGGUGCGGCAAUGGUCUACAUGCGGAACAUUGCCCUCGCCCACAUGCAACAUGAGACGUUACCCGACUGUGCAGAUCUCAUGACGUUUACCACCAACGGCAUCUUUAUCAACUUUUACGCGCACUUUGAAUCGAGGUCGCUGGAUGGAAAGGUGCUCUAUCACCAGUAUCCUGUCCUGACGGCGAAUCUGCUGGGGUCGCACCACGAGUUUCUGCAGGGCGUUGCCAUGCUGCGGAACUGUCAGGACCAUGCUCUGUUCAUGGCUACGCGCUUGAGGGAUUCUCUGGAGAAGUACCACAUACAGAACGGUGUAAGUGCAUGGACGUAUCGUCUAGAUCAGGGAGAGCACAUCUUGUCGGAGAGCGAGGACAGCGAGAUGGGAGAAGCUCAUGAUGAGACGGAGUUUGUGAGUGCAGACGGAGGCUCGACGGAUAGCGAGAGCAACGAUGGCAGCAGCAGCAGCGACGAGGACGAGUGCUAUGACACGGCGUACGAAGACCAGUCGCCAAAGAGGCUUCAGGUCCGGGGCCUCAUGAUGCUGAGACCGAGGAGAGGCGUCGUGCUGCGGAGGGAGCAGAGGGAUUCCAGCUCGCAGAAGCGGAGAGCUGGCAAAGGUGCUGAUGGGGCGGCAAAGAAGAGGAGGAAGUAG